AUGUUAUCACGUACAUCUACACUUCUCAGACCUGCCACCGCUUCAUUUGCUAGGGUUCAACUUCGAGCCAUGUCAUCAACAUCAGGAGAACAACUGGUCGUGCCAACACGAUCAUCUUCAAACAAAGUAUCAAUCUUGACUCUCAAUAGACCAAAGGCACUCAAUGCAUUAUCGACCCCUUUGUUUCAAGCUCUGAACGCUGAGUUGGAAAAGGCAGAAGCCGAUGAUGAAGUAAGAGCUAUAGUCAUCACUGGUGGUGAAAAGAAUUUCGCUGCGGGUGCAGAUAUCAAAGAAAUGAAAGACAAGGAGUUCGCCGAAGCUUAUACAACCAACUUCCUCGGAUCGUGGAGUAAGAUUGCUUCUAUACGAAAACCAAUCAUAGGUGCCGUAGCUGGAUAUGCUCUCGGAGGAGGAUGCGAAUUAGCUAUGAUGUGUGAUAUCUUAGUCGCCACACCUAAAGCUACUUUUGGUCAACCUGAAAUCACACUUGGUAUUAUACCAGGUAUGGGUGGAUCUCAACGGCUCACCACACUAAUUGGAAAAGUGAAAGCCAUGGAUAUGGUUUUGACAGGAAGGAAAAUUGAUGGUGUCACAGCUGAAAAAUGGGGUCUGGUAUCUAGAUUAACAGGAGAAGGUGAAAGCGUAGUUGAAGAAGCUGUUAAAGUAGCAGAAACAAUUGCUGGUUUUGGUAAAGUAGCUGUUCAAGCAGGUAAAGAAGCUGUUAACGGAUCAUUGGACCUUCCUUUGGAACAAGGCUUAAGACUUGAAAGACGAUUAUUCCAACAGCUCUUCGCUACUCAGGAUCAGAAAGAGGGUAUGGCUGCAUUCGCAGAGAAGAGAAAGCCUACAUGGUCAGACAAGUAA